AUGUCAUCAGAAGGCUGGGCAGAUCCGAAGCAUGAAACAGAAAGAGACACAGAUAGGCUGCAAAAAGCACAGCCUGACUGUGAAAACAAGCAACAGAAAGCUAAUGAAGACCAAAGAGAAACUAAAGAAGUGGAGCAAGAAAGCCUACCAACUGGACAGACAGAGAAUGUGACAUCAAGGCCAACAACCAGGGAUAAACAGGAGCAAGAGGAGGUGGAGGGGCCCUCCCCAGGGAGGCCGUGGGCUACUCAGAAGGCAAACGGGGAACAGGUGAUCCGGGCAGAUGGAGCUGCGCCAGAGAGAACAGUAAGCAUCUGCAUGGAUAACGAGUAUCUGACUGAGCAGAGGAGAGAAGAGUUAAGGGAGCAGAGAGGAGACAUGCUGGUGCAGUAUCCAGACAAGUGCAGAGAACCACGGGGCCCUGGACCAUUCUACUUUCUCGGAGGGAGGAAUGGAGCUUCCAUAAUUACCUCAUAUUGUGAAAGCAAAGGAUGGCAACGCACAUAUGACCAGACGAGAGUGGACUACAAACUGAAAUGGUGUGAGAUCAAAUCAUCUGCCACCUACUAUAACUUUAAAGAAGGGGAGCAGUUAGUAUUCCAAAUUCCCAAUAACAAGGUCUUAACCACAAAGAUAGGACUUCUUUGUAGCCUACGGGAAUAUGACAGGGUCUGUGACAAAGUCAAGCUUGGAUAUGGACUUAAGAAGAUGAAAAUGGAGGAGUUCUUUCCUGCUACCUUCCGAAUGGACGUAAGAGAUGAGAGGAAUUCUUUCUUUGCCCAGUACGAAGGUGUGUGUGAUAACAAGAACAAUGUGUGGAUCUGCAAGCCGACGGGAUUAAAUCAGGGUCGUGGCAUUUUCCUCCUACAGACACCAGAGGACAUCACAGCCCUCAAAGAACGACUACACAACACCACUGGGAGCCAGACUAGCAAGACAUCUCCCUUUCGAGUACCUCAGGCACGAAUUGUUCAGCAGUACAUCCAGAAUCCCUUGCUCCUGAAAGGCAGAAAAUUUGAUGUGCGAUCAUACUUCCUCAUUGCCUGCACCUCACCGUUCAUGGUUUUCUUUCGCCAUGGUUACGUUCGCCUGACAUGUGAUCUUUACAACCCAAACUCCAGUGACCUCUCUGCCCACCUGACCAAUCAGUAUAUGCAAAAGAAGAACCCUCUUUACAGUGAACUGAAGGAGGAAACAGUCUGGUCCAUGGCACGUUUCAAUGCCUAUGUCAAUGAGAAGUUUAUGGAACCCAAAAACCUACCCAGAGACUGGGUUUUGGGUGCUUUUGCGAGAAGAAUGCAGCAGGUCAUGAUGCAGUGCUUUCUGGCUGUCAAAGCCAAGCUAGACCGUAAGCUGGGCUACUUUGACCUAAUUGGCUGUGACUUCUUGAUUGAUGAGGACUUCAAGGUUUGGCUAUUGGAGAUGAACUCUAACCCAGCUCUUCACACCAACUGUGAAGUGCUGAGGGAGGUAGUGCCCAGCACUGUCACUGAGACACUGGAUCUUACUCUGGAGAUCUUUCAUAAGCGUCUCAGCGGUACGAGCCUGCUGCCACUCAGCAGUCAGAAGGAUUUCAUUCUACUGUUUGGUCCAGAGAUGACACCUCAUCCCCAUCAAGCUCUGUCCCUCCAGUUUCCACUGACAGCACGACCCACACAGCAAACCAUCAGCUAUCUUACAGGUACAAAAGCCACGUGCCAAAAGGCUCUCCACGCUAAAACGUCUAAAACAAGCCACGUCUUCCCACGGCCUUCCAAGCCAACCAGCAAUCGUGUGGAACUGCGGCUCAGCAAGUGUACCUGGCAGUGCUCCCAAGAUACCUUGGACCUCUUGGUGCCCCGGAUUGCUCUUCAGGUGAAGAGCACUGUGCUUUCUCAUUCCACGCCUGCCCUGAGCGAGGGCGCAUGCUUUAAAGUUCGACCCUGUCACUCAGACAGAGAUGAUAGUUCCUGCAACAACCUGAAACACACCAUGGUGCCGCCUUCCCGCCGCUUCGUCUGGUUGGACAAGCAGGUGGUGUGUGCCGAGACAGGGAAAGCCAUGCAGGAGGGUGAUACUUCUAAGCUGUAA